AUGGGUUCGUUAGGGGAUGAUGACGAUAAGAUGAAAUCUAUUGAGAGAGAUUCAGAUGUAGAACCAAGUGAUGCCGAGACUCAGCUGUUUGACAGUGGGGGUAAAGGUGAGGAUGAUUUACAAUAUCUUCAAAGUACUGUGCCCUUUGAUGAAUUUGUUGCAUUUGAGGAUGUAUUUGAGACCCAGGUGUUAGAUCUUGGUGGCGAGACCUCAGAAUUGAACCUUGGUGGUGAAACCCAAGUGAUUCAUGAUCCAGAUUGUGAGGAGAAUAUUAACACCCAGUUAUUAGACGCAUGCCAUAAUGAAGUUGCCGUUGACAGUGAUGGUGAAGGAACUGACAGAACCGAAAUUCUAAGUGAGACUGAGGAGUUGUCAGAUGAGGACUCUGUGAAAAUAGUAGGAAGUCAUCCCCUGGACCAGGAGAACAUGCCAUGCACAGCUCUUCGCAAACAAGGCGAUGACCAAUUUAAAGCAGAAUUGAAUGCUUUGAGUAAUGAAAAGCACAGCUCAGGAUCUGUUCACAGAGACUUCACCUCAGUUCGUGUAGCAUCUCUUCGGGCCUGUGGUUUGGCGGCUCACAGCAUGACUUCCAAAGGAACCAAUGGUUUCCCAUGUUCCAUUAUGAGUGACAGUCAGUCUUUGAAGCGACAUACUACCGCACAUGAUCAGACACCUGUUGGAGGUUCACUUCUAUGUGUGAAGGAAGUUGAUCAGGCACAUGUGCUGGAGGAGUAUGAUGCAGAAAUGAAGGGAUCAAGGAAUGAAAACAGGUGCAGGGUUGGUAGUUCAACUGUGAGGAAACUUUUUGCAGAGGAUAUGCUUGUUGCGACCAAAGAGCCAUAUGAUGGCAUGAAUAAAGCUGACGGAGAAGCAGAGUUUCCACGGUUAUUUCCUUCAGAAAAUGAGUUGGCAGGGUUAAGCUAUGUCAAUUCUCAAGAACCUGGAGAGUUAUCACAAGCCAAUGCACUUGACUUUGUGGAUAAGUUUCUUAAGGUUAAUAUCAUUGAUUUUGAUGAAGAAAUUGAUUUCAGAAAGUCCACUGGAGGGAAGUCAAAGCCUGUCUCAAGUGCAAAAGGUACUCAAAGUUUGGCCAAGAGAGCUAAUCCUGAAAGCACAGAUAGAGAAAGAGGAAUUUUUGAUUGGGAUGAUACUCGCGAGGACGAAGGAGGGGGAGAGUUUUUCAGAAAGAAGAAAGAUGCACUUUUUGAUAAUGGAGGUCAAAUGCGAAGAUCUCAUACCCACCCUAGGAAACCUAGGUUUCUUGAGACCAAAGGAAACAAUACAGUUGAAGAAUCCAGAGGCAAUAUGGAAAACUUAGACAAACGUCAGAAAAUAGUGGACUCAAUUCACUUUGAUUCAAGGUUGGUGUUCCAUGAUAUGAAAGGGAAUGACAAGUCAAGAAAGGCAAUGGACGCAGGAUUUAAAAAGAAUUUAACUAAAGAGUUGGAUGAACGUGUAAAUGUGGGUUCUAAGAAUGGAAUGGUAGACACCGGUACCAACAAAGAUGUGCCAGACAUGUCAAACAUAGGUUUUGAUACUCAAAUGGCUGCUGAAGCUAUGGAAGCCUUAAGCUUUGGGGUGGUUGGGACUGGUCACGAUUUUAAGGAUGCUAAUCAAGGUGCUGAAAACAUGCAGAAGGGUCCUCUCAAUGAAGAAACAAUUGACAGAAGAAAUUUGAAGCGAAAUAUUGCACAGAAAAGAGGGGGCUUUCAUACCAGAAUGAGCACAAAACAAUCCAAGCAAACAAAGAGGACUGGUACCAAAUUGAGUGAAGAGACCUCUAUUUCGCUGCUGAAAACACCUAAGAAUGUCAGGAAGCAAAGCAAUAGAAAGCAAGAAAGAUCUGAUCUGAAGAAAGUAAAUUCAGAUGUUAAGGGACAGUUUACCACCAAGGCAAGUGAAAGCUUAAGCAAAGUGAUCGUUGAGCAAAGAAAGGAAGAAGAUGCUCUGAGACGAAGUGGCAAUGAUAAGAUUGAUAGAUGUAAUGUCACUGCAUCAAGUGGUAGAAAGUCAGUCGAGAAAUGGUGUUUGCAGGAGCAACUUGGUUCUUUUAUGCCCAUAGCUCAUCGAACUAGGCAGUGCAUGAAAGGGAAUCAAUCAAAAAAAGCUGGGAAUGCAUCAAAUAAUUUUGGAGACGAGGUGAACAAUCUGGCAGGUGUUGGUGCCCUUAAAAACAAAAGAAAAAGGAGCAGAGCAGAUAUUGCUGCUUCCAUAGUGUUGAAUGCCUCUGAUAAGUCUAAUGACACGAAUUUAACUUCCAAGCAAUCUGGCAAACUCGUCAAAUUGUCUGAGCUUGAGCAAUCUGAUCCAAAGCUAACAUGUACAACCAGCGCUGUCAAACUUAAUGAAUUGGACUAUCCUAGAGGAAGAAGAACACGCCAGAGGUUGUCGGCAGAUGUGGGAGAAGCUAAUAAAAAGUACAAUACACGGUUAAAAAGGUUGCAAACUGAUGCUAUAAGCACUUCUGUGGAUCUAGUUGUAAAUAGGAAAACACGGUCAUCUGUGUAUGCUAUGCCAGUUUUGCCAUCCCUCAACGGACAGUCUGGAAAAAGAUUGUUGCGGCAGAUCAUAGAUAAAGGAAAAUCAAGUGAUGCAACUUUCGGAUGUAAUUCUGUUGAUAUGAAUGAGAAUACUAUUUCAGAAUACAUGGUUGAGCUACCGACAUCUACAUAUUCUGAUGGGAAGAGUAAUGCUGAUACCACUUCCGUAACAGGUGCAGAAGCAAAUGCCAUGUUGGAAGCGUCACCAAAAGAGGGAAGCAAACCAGUUUGUACUACUCCGGUUAAUUGUAUGACUCCUUUGAAUGCAGUGUCACCUAUUUGCAUCGGUGAUGAAUAUCUUAAAAAGUCAUGCAGGGAGAACCUCUCAAAAUCAUCUCUGAUGAAAGAGAUUAAUAGCUUGAUCACCAUUGGAACAGAAUCUACUUGUGUGACCAAAUAUUUAAGGAGGAGAGAUGUUACUGGUGUUCGAGUCUUGUUCAGCCAGCACUUGGAUGGGGAUAUGAUGAGGCAACAAAAGAAGAUUUUGACUAGACUGGGGGGCUCAGUAGCAUCCUCUAUUUCAGAUGCUACACACUUCGUAACUGAUAAGUUUGUGCGCACAAGGAAUAUGUUAGAGGCUAUUGCUUCUGGAAAACCAGUGGUGACAAGUUUAUGGCUUGAGAGCUGUGGGCAAGCUAGCUGUUUCAUUGACGAGAGAAAUCACAUACUGAGAGAUUCCAAGAAGGAAAAGGAGUUAGGCUUUAGUAUGCCAGUUUCAUUGGCACGUGCGUGCGAACAUCCACUUUUACAGGGUCAAAGGGUCUUGAUCACACCAAAUACAAAGCCUGGUAAAGAAAUAUUAGCAAGCUUGGUUAAGGCAGUUUAUGGAGUGGUCUCCCCAGAUUUUUUCAGAACGACGUGUUGCUUUCCCGAUGCGGCGGCUCCCAUCGGGAAUUGCUUAAGAUUUUGCAAAGUUACUGUUCGGCGUCGAGCCAGUGUGCCAACUACCAGAAAUCUGGAAUCAUCUUCUCCAGUAAUACAGUCGAGGAGCAAAAGGUCUCUUUAUGCCGCCGUUUGGGCAGUGGAGAGAAUGGGCAGAUCUGCAUUGAAAGGUGAUAAAAUUCCUGAUGACCUGUUGGUUUUAUCCUGUGAAGAAGAUUAUUCAAUCUGCCGGCCUUUUCUUGAAAAAGGAGCAGCAAUUUACUGUUCAGAGCUGCUGCUGAAUGGAAUAGUCACUCAAAAGCUGGAUUACGGAAGACAUCGUCUCUUUACGGAUCAUGUCAAGAGAACACGUUCAACAGUAUGGCUAAAAGAUGGUAAUCAGUAUCUUCCUGUGAAUAGAUGCAAAUGAACUUUUCUCUAUAUUUUUGUAUUUCUUGUAACCCCCCCCCCCUUUUUUUUUUUUU